AUGGCAGGGCCUCUAGACCGCACAGAGCUCAAUGCACACACACGGUCCUUUACGGGAUGCGCGACGUGUCGGAGCCGUCAUGUGAAGUGCGAUGAAGGGCGCCCAACAUGCUCGAUGUGCGCCUAUCUUGGCCUGCCAUGUGCUGGUUAUCAGAAAGAUAUCUUUUUCGAUUCGCGGAAUCCCGAGGCCAGGAUUCGCUUCCGGCGGCCGUUGCUCACAGUGGAGGAGCGCGAGCGCAUGAGUGAGUGGCUGGUGUCGACAGCGCCGCCAAAGUCCACCCUUCAGAUCCUCUCACGCAUCGAUGAAGAGUGCGAAAAUUCAGGCCCGUCAGAACAAAUGCAACUCUCUGUCGGUCCGUUUGGUGUCUUCAAAGUGCACCAGGACCAAAAUGCCCAGGGCGGCAUGCCCUGCGACUCGGACUCCCUACCGCCGGUCGAGGACUCUGAGGAUACCAGUACCUGCAGCCCACCGCAGGAUGUUGUUCACAUGAUGGACUCAUUUCCUAUCAGUACAGGUUCCUCGCAAUGGUCGCCCGGCUUCCUGCAAUCCCUGCUUAGAAACCCCGACCAGGAUCCGAGUCCGACCUCUCCCGACCUGCUCGAUCUGAUAAUGGAUCAAGGCCACCUAGAUGAUGCACCAUUAGCUGCCCCACAAGAACACCAGCUCACUUCAUUUAUUCCAGACAGCCACUGCAAUCCCCUUAUCUCACCGAUCUCUCUCACCUCCUCUCCGAGUGCAACCGGGUCCAUUCCACAGGAUGCCGUCUUCCUACUGAAGCACUAUUCAUCUACUGUCAUCAGUCUCAUGACGUCGGUUCGACAUAAAAAGACCCCCUGGCAUGUCCUGUUUAUUCCUCACGCUAAGGAUUGCCUCGCAGCUCUGGCUCUUGGAGAAGACCUGAACCAUGCCAGUCUUUGUGCCUUCUCCGGAACAUUGGCCAUAAGCGCACUCAGCUUGGGUGGUGUCUCUGGAUCUCAAUCAUGGCAUGAGCAAGGCCGCACAUACCUGCGACAGGCCCAACAUCAUGCCAAACUAAUGCUCAUGAACGCCUACGAUAUCCCUAAACCUGCCAAAUACAAAUCUAUCUUGAUGGCCAUCCUCACCAUGGUGCAAGUAUCCACCUUCUCCGGAAACCGCGAUCAAGCUGAAGAGUACUUCCUGGAAGCCGAGAAGUUCAUUAGGUUAAAAGGCCUCAGGCGCAAAAAAUCCCGCAAGGUCCGACUGCUUCAUCACUGCUACGUCUUCGAGCGAAUGUUCCACGAGAGCAUUUUCAUCCGUGGCGCAAACUCAGACCAGCGGCAACACGUUCGUCUCGCGAUCGAGUCUAGCGGGCUUGCCCGAGCUAGCAUUGACAGUUUGUCUUUCCGGUUGUAUAAGUGGAAGAAUCUGAGCCAAGAGAUGCUUCGUGUGAGAGAUCGCGAAGAAGGCGAGAAUGAUCUCCAUCUGGAGCGCCCCGGGCUAUUUUCUGCAAGUCUCUAUCCAGAGAUUUUUGGUAUUCCGGAGCCAUGGAUCCUUCUUCUUUCAUUGGUGAUUCGACUUGGGACAGAGAAAGACACCGCCGAGGAGAAUCCCGGUCCAAACGCACUGAAUCUGAAAGACUUUAUCAGUCGAGCCAAAUCUCUGGAAGACUAUAUCAACAAGUUAUGGUGGCCCAGUCAGGAUACAUUUGCAUUUGCGAACAAUCAGUCUUCCGUUGAUCGACAUAUUCUCGAGAACAUGCUCGAAGCUCUGCGGCAUGCCCUCGCCAUAUACUUCUACCGGCGCAUCUAUGACCUGAACGCCUCGAUGCUACAAGAGAAGGUAGUCAGUGUACGAGAUUGUUUGUUGCAAUGCGAAUACGCCGACUCAAGUGUGGUGCACGGGUCUGCAGGCUUCAUCUGGCCAGCCUUCAUUGCAGCCUGUGAGGCAGAAGACCCCGAGGUGCAGGAGUCCUUCUCCACAUGGUUUGAAGUUUGCACGCGGCGCAGUGGGCUUUUAGGGUUUACGCAGACCUUGAUCUCCAUUAAGAAGAUCUGGCAGGAGAAGCAGGCAGGGGAUGGGAGUAGUACGACUUGGUUAGACUUAAUGAAGAAAGCGCUGCCGGUGCAGCAGCAAGGGGAUUCGGUGGAGUUUGGCGGAUGCAUGCGAUGA